GCGAAAAGAAAAAGAAUCUGCCCUACUGAACUGUGUGAUCCUUCAUUGAUAGCUGAUUGUUGUGUUCGAUUGAGCAUAGUCUUUGACGAAUCAUCCGAAGGCGUGUUAGUCCUCCCGAGAGAGCUCAACUCCCAAGCGGUGUUUUGGAGCGAGGUAGAAAAAAAAAUAUACCCGAAUCACCAUCGACGCACGCACACCAACACAAACACACUGGCAGAAGGAUUCGUCCUUUUAAAGUAACCAGGUGCGUGCAAAAAAGGGCCCAACGCUGAAGUGACCGAGUCAAUCCCACCAAGUAACGAUCCACUUCAAUCAACCGAACCUCAAACGAGUAAUCAAAUUUACCACCCAGCAACAUACAAAGAGACACAGGCCGCACGCCUUAACACAGCACACAAGCAAGCAACAAGUUCGACCAACGAGCAAACACAGAAGUUUACGAUGGCCAAGAAAACGUACGACCUGCUGUUCAAGCUGCUGCUGAUCGGCGAUUCGGGCGUUGGAAAAACCUGCAUCCUGUUCCGCUUUUCCGACGAUGCAUUUACUUCUACCUUUAUCUCUACUAUAGGUAUUGACUUCAAAAUUAAAACAAUUGAACUACGAGGCAAGAAAAUAAAGUUACAAAUUUGGGACACUGCCGGACAGGAAAGGUUUCACACCAUCACAACCUCUUACUACCGUGGUGCGAUGGGCAUUAUGCUCGUGUAUGAUAUAACGAACGAGAAAAGUUUUGACAAUAUAGUGAAAUGGUUGCGAAAUAUAGACGAGCACGCCAAUGAGGAUGUGGAAAAGAUGAUACUCGGCAACAAAUGCGAUAUGGCGGAUAAGCGUGCCGUGCGCAAGGAAAGGGGAGAAAAUAUUGCCCGUGAACAUGACAUACGCUUUAUGGAAACGUCCGCAAAAGCAAACACAAACAUCGAACUAGCGUUCCGCGAGCUUGCCGAAGCGAUCCUGGACAAGAUCGCCGGCAAGGAAACGACCGACAACCCUGACCGAGUUGUUGUAAACAGAAGUACCGGUGAGCGGUUACCCGCGUACAAAGCAUGCUGUACGUAGUGUGCUUGCCGUGCUUAAUUGUAGUUUGGACGCCGACGCGUCCAGGUUGGCAAGAAGAUGUCACCCCGGGUUACUUCAUUUGACGGUGAAUGGGUGCCCGUUGGUGGAUGGUGGUUCCGCGAUUCUUUUCGCGUAUUCGGUGCCGUGCUUUUACCUGCGUUUUUUUUUUAUUUACUUUGCGUUUAAGACUUUGCUCGGGCUUGAUCGACAAACACGAUGCAAGACCCAAAAACACACUGGGCCAAAUGAUGAAAUUAGUAGCAGAUAUCAUAAGUUUAGUUGGUGGGCGCUGGUUAUAGUGCGUUUUGUACGGUGUCGACAUAAGUCACUGUUGCGCAAGUAAAUUAUCAUUCACAUUACAGCAUGCGUGUCCUCGGUGUGUCACUGUGUGUGUGGGGUGUCCUUGGGAUCGAAUUCACGUCUCUUGAGAAUGAAUCGAAUGUAAUCAUCGCCCAGCCGCGCGUAGUAUUGCGUAGGAUCACGCAGCGGCUCGUGCUACACAACGUUGAUUGAUACAGUAGGAAUAGUUGGUAGCGCGUAUCAAAUCAGAAAAAAAACAUCGUUGUAAGCGUAGUGUCGUGUAAAAGAGCAUAAUUUCAUUAACGUUAGUGUAGACCAUUUGAGCUUAGCAUUUGCUAACUCAACUCUAGACCACUAAACUAACCUCUCCCCACCUAACCCACCCCGAUAUCCUCUCACUUCAAGAAUAAGUCUAUGCGAACCAAGUCCCCCCGAAACUGCUUAGCUUUAUAGUUACGUUGGUUAGCAAAAUGACAGUUGAAAUGCAGUGGCAAUGUUAUAACAAAUUCGUUUUUUUUUUAAAGAGAUCGCUUAUCAGCAGCGGUUUUUUGUUUUUAAUUAUUCGCAGGGCCACACAACCCAGCAUAUUAGCUUUCAUUUAGCAUUUUAUUAUAUUUUGUCUCCCCCCAAAAGUGAUCACACAAUUUUUUUUAUCUUACAAAAACCCAUAUGUUUUUAUUAAUGUGUCACACAAUCGUCACAUACACGUUGCGGUUUAGCAGUUAGCAAAAUGUAGUUACAAAUAUAUUUUUCUUCAGCUUUACAAUUUAUCGUUAAAUCGCUGCUGGACUAUUUCAUAUUAUUCUUGCUAAUAGGUGUUUUGCAAAAAAAAAAACAACAACUUUUGCGUUUAGUUUCCGCAAAACGAAAGGGUAAAACUAGAGCAAAACAAUUAUAUCUCUCAGUGAAGGCAAAAUUGCACACAAAAAUUUCCGCGCAAUGGGGGGAAAAACGCGAACACGAACGAAUAAUUUUCGUACAAGUAGGAUGCGUGUGUGCGUUUGUUGCAAUGCGAGGGUGCUGGAAAAACAAAAAAAAAACAAAUCAAAAGCAGUAGCUUUAAGCCAAGCAAAACCAGCUUAUUUCAGUUUGUGAUGGAUACGAGUUGCAAAAAUGCAACGUUUUGCAGUUAAUGAGAGAGAGAGAGGUUGCUGCAGCCGAAGCUAGACGAACACGAUACGUAGACGAUAUUGAAAUGAAAAAAUUGAUGUUACUAAAAGAAGAAAUUAAUUAUAAACACAAGAGCAUGAUUUAGCUAUAUUUAAGUAUGCGAAAAAGCAACAAACUAUAAAAUCACAAACGAAGGUCACAACAACCUGCGAAAAAAAAAACAUACACGAUCCUAACCCGCAAUCCUUCACAUCUGCUUAGUGAGGGCGAACGAUUAACAAAAUGUAAUCCAAUUGAUGAAGCGUUCAAGACCUCGCGAAACGAACGAUCGACAAAAACGAUAUUAUUGGUUACGUUUUGCAAGCGCAAACAAUGUUUUUGUUAACCUAUUCGCCGUUGUGUGACGUGUGUAUGAAGUGUUUUUUUUGCCGGUUUAUUCGUCUGCUCAAUGCAUCUUGACGCGCAUCCCACGGGGAUGCAAAAUCAAGGGAGUUCGCUUUCGUGAAUGAAAACAUAAGCACACACCCACAAUACACAAAGCUGGCUAUUGCGUUAUAGCUAAAGAACCAAGGCGUAAGAUAGAUAAUAUGUACACCCUGUAAAAUAUAUCCACACAAUGCAAUGGUCCUUUGUGUGAUUUCAUAUGAAACAAAGGUUUUUUUUUUGCUGUUUUAGUAGUUUAAUCAUCAUCCAGAAGCACGAUUUACACAAAACAAAAACGCUCUACGAGAGAGAGAUAACGAUUAUUAUGCGCUAGCCUAUCAGGUUGCAAAACAAAAGAAAAAUGGAAGAACUUUGUUCGCUUCAUCGACGGAACACAAAACAUUACACAAUAUUUCGAUGUUAUACACGAAUGACGAAAAAAAAACACUGUCGAGGCUAUUUUCACGCCAUAAAAUAGCAAACAUAAAUUCAUGUAAAGAAAA